CCGAGCGCCAUGAUGUUUUCCUAUGAGUGAACUGAGGAGCUGCUAUUGCUAGUUUAGUAGCUCCAUGAAUCUUUAGGCUGCAGUCUGAGAUGCAAUGGAUGGAUUGCUGUACCCGCUGCGGUCCGCCAACUAUGAGGCUUAAUGUCAAUAAACGGUGUCCAUUUGGACACAGUUUUCUAAUAGUGCGCAUCAGUGCGAAAAUCGGAGCGCAUUGUGAGCGAUUGCGUUAGGCGGGAGACAUUAGGUUGUUAUUUGCAGAUUAAUGCUAGCCGAAGCCGUCUAAAUUGCUGCGUUUUAGAGCUAGCACUUCCUCGCUGUCUAAAAUUGACUCCUCGAGUCUCCAGCCCCAGGAAUGUUUUCCAAAAAGCCUCAUGGGGACGUUAGAAAAUCAACACAGAAAGUGUUGGAUCCAAAGAAGGACGUCUUAACGAGGCUCAAACAUCUCAGAAUAGUCAUAGAAAAUGCAGAGCCACCGGAGCUGAAGCAGUUCUUCGACCUGAACUCCUCACAUAUCUACUAUGUUUUUUUUGAGAACUUUGUCACCAUUGAGGUUAGCCUCAAGCAAAAGGGUCACAAGUCUCAGAGGGAGGAGUUGGACUCAAUUCUCUUCAUUUUUGAGAAAAUCCUCCAGCUCCUCCCAGAAAGAAUCCAGAGCCGAUGGCAAUUCCACAGCAUCGGACUGAUCUUGAAGAAGUUGUUGCACACCGGUAACUCUUUAAAGAUCCGUCGAGAAGGUGUGCGCUUGUUCCUGCUGUGGAUGCAGGCAUUACAGAGUAAUGCUCAACGCGAGCAACUUUGCAUGUUUGCUUGUCUAAUUCCUGGUUUCCCGGCUCCGCUCUGCCAUGGCACUCCCCGUACUUUGGACACUCUGAUCAACCCACCACUGAGCUUAACUGAGACUCAAGUAACCCCAGAGGAGAUCACCCCACUGGUACAUCCCCAGUCAGGUGACAAGAACCAGGAGGACCUUACCGCUUUCUUCUUGGAAGCACUAUUGAAAUACAUGGUAAACCAGGCCAAGUCUCUCGAGUGGCGUUGUAAAGAGAAUCAUGAACGAGGGUUCAGCUUCCUUUUUGGCCACUUCAGGAAGUUUUACCUUCCUCACAUCUUUCCAAACUUUGCUUUGGAAACCAGCCUGUACAACCCCAUACUAGAGGUUCCUCCAAUGCGUCCUAAGCCCUAUUACAGUGUGGUACGUAGAGAGCACGAUGGUGGUGAAGUUCUCUAUUGUACCAAGGAAAGUUUCCUUCAGGCCCGAGUAAUCUUUAUCCGCUGGCUGGUUUCCUUUUGGCUGGAGCCACGACCCAACACACACACACAGAUUCCAGGGACAGAAGGCGAAAACAUCCCCAAGAACAUACAGCGAGCAGCAGCUGGGCUUGCUGCUCGCUCCGCUGGCAGCUCAGAAGAUGGCAGUGUCACUGGUUUGCGGUCUGACAGCCAUCCAGAAGGGAGCGGGAGCUCAUCUGGACCAGGGGGAGGCAGCAUGGGCCUCAGUGGGGGUACUGGGCCACUGGGGGAAUCUGAACAAUGCCACUCCAACACAUCUACGUUAACAGAGCGGGAGCCCAGUUCCUCCUCACUGUGCUCUAUGGAUGAAGAACAGUUGACAGACAUGGAGGUGGUGAGGAGAGUCCUGACAAGCUCCAGAACCAGCAUCAACUUCAUCACUGAGAUCUUCAGACAGGCCUUUCUACUUCCAAUGUGUGAAGCUGCAGCAAUGCGAAAAGUGGUCCGUGUUUACCAGGAGUGGAUCUCCAUGGAGGACAAGCCAGUAUUUAUGAAGGAGCCAGAGGAGGGCCUGUAUCCCAUAGCAGCAGCCAGUAGUAUGGACACUGCCUCAGACAAGGACGAUGAGGGAAUAAAUAAAAUGAUUGAUAGUGAAUUGUUGGAGUAUAGCGUUCAUGCAGGAGUUCAGACUACACUACAGGUAUUUAUUACCCAUUCUUCCAACGUUUUUUUAAUGGAGCCAGCCAACGAUAUCAAGUUCCUUUUAGAAGAACAUGUCGACAUGUGCAAGCGAGUCUUAAACAUCUACCGCAGCCUUGUCAUGCAUGAGACCAUGGACCAGAAAACAUGGGAGCAGAUCUUACUUGUUCUAUUAAGAGUGACCGAGUCAGUGAUGAAGAGACCUCCAUCCAUUAUGCCCCAAGGCAAGAAGAACAACACACUUUCAGGAAGGCUGGCUGGUCCUAUCUUUCAGACAUUGAUUGUAGCCUGGAUUAAGGGGAAUUUAAACGUCUACAUCAGCAGAGAACUAUGGGAUGACCUCCUCUCAGUCCUCUCUUCUCUUACCUGCUGGGAGGAGCUGGUAACUGAAUGGUCCCUGACGAUGGAGACUCUUACAAAGGUGUUGGCGAGGAACCUCUACAGUGUUGAUUUGAAUGAACUUCCUCUGGAUAAGCUCAGUGAGCAAAAACAGAAGAAACACAAAGGAAAAGCUAUAGGUUCGGAAGGCCAGCGGCAGAUCGUGGAUCGUUCCUUCUCUAAAGGUUGGAGCAGAGACCAACCAGGUCAGGCAGCUGCCAUGAGACAACGCAGUGCCACCACAGCUGGUUCGCCAGGCAUCGAAAAGGCCCGGAGCAUUGUCCGCCAAAAGACCGUAGCCCUGCGUAGCUGUUCUACAGGGGACUCUCUGCUGUCCUCAGCCUUUAUCCGCAGUGCCAAGAGUGCUCCUGCUCUGGCUCCGCCUCUUCCUGUCCUCCUCCAUCACCACCACCCUUUACUACCCCCCCUUGCCGACCAGCUGGCAGACCUCGAGGACCCACCAAUCACGCUGACAUCUCGCCCAUCUCGAAUGCGCCACUCGUCCCAGAGCGAUGAGACCCCUCCGACCUCUUGUUCAGAGGUGUUCCAGGGAGGGACUUGUGAGCCGGAUAACCCAGCCCCUUCAUCUCUUGCAAGGAGCAGCAGUGCCUCUGACAUCAUGGAGCCAUUUAUCGCUGAGCGGGUCAAAGCCAACAAAGAGGAGGUGCUCCAAAAGGCACGUCCCGUCUCCACUGAUGUUGGAAACAGCAAUCCUAAUUUCUCUGAUCUCAUGGACGAGUUCAUCCAGGAAAGACUGAGAGCUAAAGGAACAGUGGAGCGCCGUGGCAGCAGCCCAGGUAGUCUAGAAGUUCCACAGGACCUGCCGGAGCUACUAGAGGCUGGCCAAAGUCCCGGAUCUCGACCCUUAGAUGACCUCAGGCCAAUUGAUGAUCCUGGGGUUCCUUCAGAGUGGACAUCUCCUGCCAGUGCCAGUGGCUCAGACGUUGUCAGUUCUGACAGCCAAUCUGACUCAUUUAAUGCUUUUCAGUACCCGACAUGCAAGUUUGAUAAUUUUGCAUUUAAUUCGGAACCCUGUGGAGGUGGAGAUCGAGGAAGCUCAUUGGACCAGGACAGCCUGGGAGGUGGCGUUGCCUGUGAUGAACACGAAGUAGCAAGUUUGACGACACUUCAUAUUGACUCUGAGACCAGUAGCCUUAGCCACACAGUCACUGUCACUGGUUCUGAAAGUGCAUCUCCCAUGCAUUCUAUCGGGGGCUCUCGUUCCCAAACGCCUUCCCCAGCUACGCUGACAGCAGAGCAAAUCGUUCGCACACACUCUCACUCACGCACACACUUGCAGCUGGAUCAAAGACUCCACAACUCUGUGCUGCAGACUCCUGAUGAUCUUGAGAUCAGUGAGUUCCCCAGUGAGGACUGUAGCGUCAUGGCAGGUGGCUCCCUUACUGGAUGGCAUGCAGAUGUUGCUACAGUAAUGUGGCGGAGAAUGCUGGGUAUUUUGGGGGAUGUGAAUACCAUCAAAGACCCAGAGAUUCAUGCUCAAGUGUUUGAUUAUCUGUGUGAACUCUGGCAAAACCUUGCGAAGAUUAGAGAUAAUUUGGGCAUUUCUCACGACAACCAGUCAUCUCCCGCACCUCCUGUUCUGAUUCCACCUCUUAGAAUCCUUACUCCCUGGCUCUUUAAGGCCACAAUGCUGACUGAGCGUUACAAACAGGGAAAACUUCAUGCCUAUAAACUGAUCUGCAGGAUUAUGAAGAGACGGCAAGAUGUGUCCCCAAACACAGACUUUCUAACUCACUUCUACAACAUCAUGCACCAAGGACUGCUGCACCAAGACCAGGACAUUGUGAACACCAUCAUCAAGCACUGCAGUCCCAGGUUCUUCAGUAUUGGUCUACCUGGAGCCACCAUGUUGAUUCUUGACUUCAUCAUUGCAGCUUCUAGAGUCACCUCUUGCUCAUCAUUAAACGCUCCAAGGGUAGAAGCCCAGAUACUUCUUGGAUCACUUGUGUGUUUUCCCAACUUCUAUGGGGAGCUCCCUGCCCUUCACCCCACCACAGCUGAUGUGGCACUCACAAAGUUCCCUGACGUCAAGGAGCAUGUUAUCAAAACUAUACUGACCUCUGCCAGGGACGAACCCUCUGCUCCUGCUAGGUGUGUAGCUUUGUGCAGUCUGGGCAUCUGGCUGUCAGAGGAGCUUGCUCAUGGGACCCACCAUCCACAGAUUAAUGAUGCUCUUAAUGUCAUCUGUGUUACUCUAAAGUAUCCCAAUAAGAAUGUUGCACUGGUGGCAUCAGACAUCCUUCACCUUUUGAUCAGUUAUGUGGAUCACCUUCAGAAAUUUCCCAUUGACACGCCGAAGAAGAUAGUAGAGAUUUUGAUUGCCACCAUUACCCACUUGCUACCUACUACUGAGUCAUCUCCUUAUGAACUGGAUAAGAGGCUGGUUGUGUCUCUCCUGUUGUGUCUGUUGGACUGGGUGAUGGCUCUCCCUCCAAAGACUCUACUUCAACCUGUUCAAACACGUAGCCCCCCAGAUAAGGACCAGCUGCCAAAGACCCUGCUCAGCUGCAUUUAUAAGGUUUUGCACGGCUGUGUUUAUGGAGCCCAGUCUUUCAGCAGCCCCAAGUAUUUCCCACUGCAGCUCUCAGAUCUGUCAAGUUCAGACUAUGAUCCGUUUUUGCCAUUAGAGAGCCUCCGAGAACCUGAACCGCUGCAUAGUCCAGAGUCUGAGCGCUCCAGCAAACUCCAGCCUGUCACUGAAGUCCGUAGUCGUAUCCAACAGGGUCUGGUUUCCAUUGCAGCCAGGACUGUUAUCACCCACCUUGUCAACCAUCUAGGGCAUUACCCAAUGUCUGGAGGUCCAGCUACUCUCUCCAGCCAGGUGUGCGAGAACCAUGACAACCCAUACUGUGAGAGUGCAGAUCUUGGACCUGAACUCUUCCACUCACCAAAUCUACAGUUCCUGUCGUUGAAUGGCUCUACACUGCUCUCAGUGCUCCAGGUUCGGUCAGAGUCUGGUGUACCAGGAGGUGGAAUGACAGCUGGUUUGUCCUCUGCUCCUGCCUGUGUUCGCGUUAUCAUUCGGGAUGUAGCUGGAAAGCACUCCUGGGACUCUUCUGUUCUCUACGGGCCUCCACCAUGCUCACCAAGUAGUCCUCCACACACAGUAUUGACUGGCACACAAUCCCCUCAUAGUGUGAAUCCCCAUCUACGCACCCCAACCAAAAAGAUCAAAGAGGAGCGGCGAGAAGGCAGUCAAGAAGACCAGAAUGAAGAGUCAGAGGAGGGAGGAAGUGCAAUGGAGGGUCAUAGUCCCGAGUUGGAGGGAGAGAUGGAUGAGGACGGAGAGCGAAGCAAUGUUGCUGAAGAAGAAACUGUGCGACUACAAGGAGGUCGAGGAGAAGAGGAAGAGGAGAAGCAGGUGGAGGGGGAUAAAGAACAUAGCACGGGUGGGGAAGGGAACUGGGCGGAGGUGGGCUUUGAGCAGCUUCUAGCUCCACCACUGGCAAAACGGGUAUGUCGGGAAGUGGUGCCAGUAUGGGACUCACUUCGGGAUGGAGAUGAUGCGCUGGAUGAAAUGCUGCAGUACCUUGGAUACUCAAGUCCUGAGUGUCUGCAGAGAGCAGGAAUGCCACUCAAUAUCCCAGUCCCGCCACCAGCUUGUGUUUCAGAGAAACAGGAGAAUGAUGUGAUCAAUGCCAUCUUGAAGCAAAGUGCCGCUGAGCGAGAGUUUGUCCUUCAUAGAGGUGAGGAGUUAAACAUGAGAGCAGUGGAACAGAGUGAACCAGAGACUCAGACACCUCAGUCAGCCUUCUACUACUGCAGGCUACUACUCAACAUACUGGGACUCAACUCCUGGGAGAAGAGGAGUAACUUUCAUUUAUUGAGGAAGAAUGAGAAACUAUUGCGAGAGCUGAAAAACCUGGACUCGCGGCAGUGUCGGGAGACACAUAAAAUAGCAGUUUUUUAUGUAGCUGAAGGACAAGAAGACAAACAUUCCAUACUCACCAAUACUGCAGGAAGCCAGGCAUAUGAAGACUUUGUUUCUGGACUGGGUUGGGAGGUGGACCUGACCACCCACUGUGGUUUCAUGGGAGGACUCCAGAGGAACCGCAGUACAGGCCAGACCACACCUUAUUAUGCCACCUCUACGACAGAGGUCAUCUAUCAUGUCUCAACCCGAAUGCCACAUGACCAGGACCACAAUCUCACCAAGAAGCUGAGACACCUGGGUAAUGACGAGGUCCACAUCGUUUGGUCGGAACAUUCCAGAGACUAUCGCCGAGGAAUCAUCCCUACAGAGUUUGGCGACGUGCUAAUCGUCAUUUACCCCAUGAAAAACCACAUGUAUUCCAUCCAUAUCCUCAAAAAACCCGAGGUACCAUUUUUUGGUCCCCUGUUUGACGGCGCCAUUGUGGACAUGAAGAUUUUGCCAACAAUGGUCAGAGCCACAGCCGUAAAUGCAAGUCGUGCGCUGAAAUCCCUCAUUCCUCUAUACCAGAACUUCUAUGAGGAGCGUGCCCGAUACUUGGAAACCAUUGUGCAGCACCAUCAGGAGCCAACCACCUUUGAGGAUUACGCUGCCCGCGUCUACAGUCCAGCUCCCUGCACUCAUCUUCCUACUGACACAGGCUCCUGCCUCGAGAUUCUUCGGUCAGAAAGUCCGGCACUUGGGGAGGCCGGGAGCGACUCAGCCUCCCCCAUGUCUCCUCGAACUAGCAAGAUGCGCAUGUCCAUGAAGCUUCGACGUUCCUCUGGAUCGGCCAAUAAGACUUGACGUGACACGUGCAUAUCGCACCCCUGUACCCGAUUCAAACUGGACUUCAAUUGAAACAAAGUACAGCAAAAACAAUGGCUAGUCAUGUCAGAAUUUGGGUGUCACAGUCAUACGCUCCAAAAAUACUUGUUAUAGGCUGUCCGUGCUACUGUAAUUUGUGGAAUAUACUAUACUGAAACUUUAUUUCACGACUGCGCUAAGCUGCUGCUUUUGUAUUCAGCUUUGUUCCACAAACACACACAUAUAUAUUUAUAUAUAUAUAUAUAUAUGUGUGUGUGUGUGUGUGUCAAAUACUAUAUAAUUGUAUUAUUUCAGUGGAAAGUUGCAUGAAACGAAGUCUAUUUUUGUUCUCAGUGCAGCGUUACGUCGAUGAAGUUAAAGACAGUGGUUUCUCAGUUGACCUCAUAAAAUGUAAAUGGGAACUAAAAAUAAUUUGCAAACAAUAGAAAACUCUUGAGCCAAAAAAAAAAAAAAAAAAACACAUUCUAUAUAUUUAACAUUUCAAAUUGAACAGAUGAGUUGUAGUAAUUUUUGCUGUAAAAUGUGGACAAGCACUGAUUUUAUUUUUAUUUUUCCUCCAGUCAGUUAAGUUGUGUUGUAUUAUUCUGGCAAGUCUUUAAUCGCCCUUGUCGUUCAACGCAACAGAACCACUGCUUCAUAUUUCUUUGCACUUCUGAGUAUAAAUGUAUAUAUUAGAUGCAGUAUGCUGUUACGUGACAAUAGCUGCACAAACCAAAUGUCGAUUCAUGCUACAAUAUUUUAUGUUCAACACUUCCUCUUUUGGAACGAGAAAGCACUUCAGCCUGGAACGCAAUUACAUAUUACAUUUGAAAUUAAAAUACAACGCUACAAUUAUUCAAUAUUAUCGUAUCGUCUGGAAUAAAUAUCUUAAGUACCGUUGUUGGGGAUCACUUGCUAAUCUCACUAAACACAAAGAAAAGUAGACGUGCCUUAACAUUUCUUCCAAAUGCCUGAGGUGUGACAGCACUGAAACAGCCUCAGAAAGUUAUUCCCACUCUGUAUCUUUUUGGGAAAUAGUCGUGGCCGUGGCUGUCGAACGUUUAUCUGGAUUAAAUGUUCCUCCACUCGCAUAACAUGAUCACGAACUUCGCUAGUAUUUACCUUUUUAAAUGCUGUUAAACAAAUAUGUUUCACUGCUUUGGCUGUAUCUGCUGUUACAAUUCUGAUCAUUGUGUUUUUUUUUUUUUUUUCUCUACUGUAGAUUCUAAUUUCAGAAGAAAUAUACAACUUGUUACAUUUGAAAAUAUGCCAUGGUAAAAAAAAAAAAAAAAAAAAAAAAAAAAAGAAUGUAAUAGAAUGAAUCUCACUGUUGUUGCCAGUCAUAGUCGCGAAACGCUCUUGUUACAAGCGUUUUGCACUCUUCAAUACUUUUACUAUCCCAAUCUGGCCUCGUGUAAAGAGAACCUGUUGAAUUCUCCAAACCUCGAAUUUCUUUUACCCAGUGGCUCCAGUACCCCAGAGGACUCAAAUCACACUGCUUUCAAGUCACAUGCCCAAAAAAAAUAUAAUCUUUAAAGCAGCCUGCUAAAUUGAUUUUUUCUUUUUUUGACAUGUCUGUGAGUUCGGGGCCAAACUGUACUAAAAUCAGAUAUUCAAUGUGUGUAGAAAUUGUACAGUUAUUUUUUUUUUGUUCCUUUAGAAAAAAAAUUAUAAUAAUCAACUAUGCUGAGGAUAUAUCUGUGUUGUGGAUUUUGACUUGAGUGAAACUGUCUGUGAGAGAAUUAGGAAUUUAAAAAAAUAAUAAUAAUAAUUCAUUAGUGCACAUUUUGGGUUGUUCCAAAAUAUAUUUUGACACAAAAUGAACUAAUUACCCUGGCAUGUCAUGCAUUGCGCUCAUGCAAAAAUAGUUCAGUUUGAACGAUCGACCUUUUGUACGGUGUCCUACCUUGGGACAGCAGGUUCAAUCGACAGCAAAAUGACUACCCGUUAGCCUGACCUUGACAAAAUGGUUGAACUUUUGAAGGUUGCUGCUUGUUUACCCACUUCCGUUUAGCACACCGCCCAUGUACUGUAACAGACAUUAUACAUAGGCUACUGCAUGAUGCCAGCCCAAUACUGUAAGUGCAUGUAUUGAUCAUGUGAACGGGUCUUCACAAACUCUUACUGUCAACGUGUAUGCUUGUGUAACAUCUACAGUAAACACACACACACACACACACAAAAAAGCAUGGAUGUGUUGACAAUAAAUUGUUCAUAAUAUUCACUGUUGUGUUUAAAAUUGCUUAAGAAGAACACAGGAUCCUCAUUCAGCAUUGAUAUUUAUUGACACUUAUGUCACAUGAAACAUAUCAAAAUAGACGCACUGCAUUAAAUCACAUAUUGAGCUUCCAAAAUUCUUUCAGCAGAUAUUUCAACAUUUAUACCCCUUAAAGACAUUGUACUAUAGGACUUAGUUAAUUCUUUCAUUUCUGUAUGAAAAUAUUUGAUGACCAAGUCAAUUUGCACGUAAUAUAAAAGGCAUAUUACGGCAAUGGUGUCUUCACUUAUUUCCAUCCUGGGGUAUAUACUGUGAAAAAGUCUAUAAAACAUCUUGGACAGGCAUUAAUUGUGCGAGUCUCACAAGUAAAGUAAAAGCGGAAUAACCUGAAUAUCUGCUGUCUAAUCAUGUGCCCUGUUUAAUAGGGAUAGUACAUAAUACAAGGGCGAAACAAAACAUUGUGCCAAUACAAAUGGAUAUAUCUAUUCGACAGCAAACCCAAACAAACCAAAAAAAAAAAAAAAAAUCCUAACCGUGGUAGUCAUGAAUAUGUGAACAGGAAUGAGUUCAGACA